AUCCCGUCUGACGUUGGACAACAAAGAUGGCGGCAGGAACCAGCAAUUACUGGGAAGAUCUCAGGAAACAGGCUCGACAGUUGGAAAAUGAACUUGACCUGAAACUAGUUUCCUUCAGUAAACUAUGUACGAGUUACAGUCACAACAGCACACGAGAUGGAAGACGCGACAGGUAUAGUUCUGACACAACACCCCUUUUAAAUGGAUCAAGCCAAGACAGAAUGUUUGAGACAAUGGCAAUUGAGAUUGAACAACUUUUGGCAAGGCUUACAGGGGUAAAUGAUAAAAUGGCAGAAUAUACCAACAGUGCAGGUGUCCCCUCCUUGAAUGCAGCACUCAUGCAUACGUUACAGCGACAUAGAGACAUAUUACAGGAUUAUACACAUGAAUUUCAUAAAACCAAAGCAAACUUUAUGGCAAUACGGGAAAGGGAGAAUCUCAUGGGAUCAGUACGAAAAGAUAUUGAGUCAUAUAAAAGUGGAUCUGGAGUAAACAACAGAAGAACUGAACUAUUUCUGAAAGAACAUGACCACCUUAGGAACUCAGAUCGUCUGAUAGAAGAAACAAUAAGCAUUGCUAUGGCAACGAAAGAAAAUAUGACUUCACAGAGAGGAAUGUUAAAGUCAAUUCACAGCAAAAUGAACACUUUGGCCAAUCGUUUUCCUGCUGUGAACAGCCUGAUCCAGAGGAUUAAUCUUAGGAAGCGGCGAGACUCCCUCAUCCUAGGUGGUGUGAUUGGUGUCUGCACCAUCCUAUUGCUGCUGUAUGCUUUCCAUUGAUGGACAUCUCCAUGGACUCUUGACAACCACCACUUUCACGCCCUGAUCUGGAAUAAGGAAAAGUAGGAAGAAGUUGACCAUCCUGACAAUUAAUCUGACCACCAGAUGAAUUCAAACUAAUAGUAUGGCUCUGUGACAUGGUCAGGUCGUACUAAAGCCACAGAUUUUUCUGUGCUAUCUUUUCUAACACACAUUUCCCCAUUUUUUAGUUUAAAAAAAAAAAAAGAAGGGGAGAUUUAGUUGCUUUUGUCUCCCUACGAGGUAAGUAAACCAAUCAAAAACAGAACUUCCAUGCUUCAAGUGACAGUGCUGAAUCCUGAGGACAAGCCAGAUCUUACGGCUGGAUUCUUCAAAAUGCCAGGUUUCUCUGCGUCCAAAGACUGCUUUUCUUUCAGCCACCUGAUUAGGUUGUGAAUAAAAAUAAUUCUUGUUCUUCUAUCUAACACUCAAGAUGAGAAAUCACAAGUCUUUCCUUGAUAAUCUGGGCUAUAGAUUCCUAUCUCUGUCCCCAGUUUUUUUUUUAUAUAUAUUCAAGGAAAACUCCAUUUUUUCACAGACUCUUUUGAGAUGCUGAUAAGCCAACAACAGCAUGUUUGAGGUUGUCUGAAAUGGAGAACACAGCAAAAAAGCUUUUGUGUUUUCUUUUUUAAAAUUCUGAGUACACUGACUAUAUUGCUGGAAAAACAUUGAGAAUGACAGACCUUUUUUUUUUUUUUUAAGUAAAUUGCUUUACUUUUUUGGGUUUUUUUCUUCCACUACAAGAUAAUGAAAUCUACAACUACUACUAUAAAAUAAUGAAACCUUAAUUCUACCAUGAUGAAAGAGAGAAACUAAUAGCCAAUGUCUGUAACACCCCCAAUUUUUCCCUAUUAUGUCAGCAUUAACACUGGUAACUGGAGGCAGGGGCACUGCUCAAUUUUCAGUGAGAUUUAUUCGACAAACAAAAUACAAAAAGACAUUCAGAAGUCACUAUCCAGAUAAUCCUUUUGUAAAUGCUCCACAACUUAGGAGCAAAAGUUUAACAACUACUGCCUGAUGUGUCAGGAAUUCUGUGUUCUGUGAAAAUCUAUUCAUUCCAAAUCUCUUAAGCUUUUCCAGACAUCCAGAGAAUGAUUUCACUGUCAAAGGUGCCUGUGACAGAAUCUGUCUAACUGCACCUAUCUUCUAUUACCAUCCCUGGACAGUGACAGAAAUGUAAACUACUCACCAGAAUUCUUUCCCAGAUUAACCAUUUCUCAGUUUCUGUAAAUUCAUUACGUAUCUUACUGAACUACCAGGUAGUUUAAAGACUUCUAACAUCUACACUCCUUACCGAGAGAAGGCUGCUGCUCUUCCCCAUUGAAAUUUACCAUGAUGUUUAUAUCAUCUUCAGACUGUGCCACAGGGAAGGAGGACAUUAGCUUGUCAUUCUUCGCUAUGGUGUGUAUAUGCUGCUGUUCAGGUGGACUUGAUGAACUGCCUCAUGGGUAGACUUAACAUCGGACUGGCUGAGAGAUUUAUCAUUCUGGUGUCAAAGUUUUAUUACAUUCUGGGUAUGAAGGGCAUUUGAUAUAUUUUUCUUAACUAUGGGGUUUAUUUUUAUAAAUAUGGGUUGACUGAUCAGUUCAUUGACUGGGGAUGCCCUCAAAAGAAAGUUAAGUUUUCCCAUUGUGAACCUAAAGGAUCGGGGAAGUAAGUUCAUUUGUUAAACUCUCUUUUGGGAAAACAAAACUUCUCUCCCCUGAAACUAUUAUCUUUGAUUUUUCAAAGGGCCUUGAUUGGUGGUUGUGCCUCAGUUAGAAUUUGUGGGACCUUGGUUGCUAUAUAGUUGGCAUUUAUAAAAUCUGAAGUAUCAUAAAUAAAGUUAUUUAUUUAAUUAUGCUA